AUGUCUCUGUCUUCAGAGCAAGCUCCCUCUGCUGCAGCAGCCUACAAAGCUCGCAAGGAGGCCUUCGUCUCCCAUCUCUCCGGAAGCUCUCUGAUUGAGAUCAACCUCGUCACUCUUGUCGCAGGGGCGUCAGUCCUUCUCUGGACAGCCUUACAGAAGCGUCAAUCUUUCUUCACACCUUACACUCUCAUCGCCGGAAUUGCGGAUUUUUUACUCAACAUCUGCGCCAUUCUCUUCGCCAUCACAAUAUACUCCUCUGCUCCAUUGGUUCUAAGCAUUUUCCUCACCACGCCGGCACUGUUCCUCUUGUUCCUGAACACCGGCCAUCAUGCCCCGUCUAUACCUUCUAAUAAUGGUUCUGCGACAAAGUCCAAACAACAACAGCAACAUCAACAACGAACGAAAAAACUCACUCCUUCCUCAAACAAUGAUCCCCCCCAUCUGCCCGUCCGACCGUUUCUCACCCACUAUCGUGGCUCCAUGCUCAUCGCGACCUGUCUUGCCAUUCUUGCCGUCGAUUUCCCCAUCUUCCCACGCCGUUUCGCCAAAGUUGAAACCUGGGGAACCUCCCUUAUGGACCUGGGCGUGGGCUCAUUCGUCUUCUCCGCCGGCGUCGUCUCUGCUCGGACACUGGUCAAGUCCUCAACCACCCGUUCAAGCAGCUUCACAGCCCGUUUCCUCCAAGUCCUCCGCCACUCCACCCCCCUUUUCAUUUUGGGUUUUAUCCGCCUCUGGUCUGUCAAAGGCCUCGACUACGCCGAACAUGUCACCGAAUACGGCGUGCACUGGAACUUCUUCUUCACACUCGCUCUACUUCCGCCCUUCGUCGAGCUCUCCGACCUGAUCACCCACCACAUCUUCAAGUCCUACGACAUCCUCGCGCUAGUCCUCGCACUUGCCUACGAACUCCUCCUUACCCACACUACUCUCCUCGAAUACAUCCUCAUCUCCCCUCGGGGCCCGGACCUCCUAUCCAUGAACCGCGAAGGCAUUUUCUCUUUCAUCGGAUACCUAGCCAUCUACCUCGCCGGCCGCGGCACCGGAGGGCGGAUUGUCCGAUUCAAUGAACCCGUCUCCGACCCUGUGUUCUUCUUCAAAAAGAAAACAGCCUCCAAGCACAAAAUCUGGGACGCCAACAACAGCCUCAGCCUCACGCGGCGCGAACGCCAACUCAUAUUGCUCAGUCUCCUGACCCAUUCCCUUCUUUACUCCGGCCUCUACUGGCUUUCGACAAGCUUGUACAUGUUCAACCUCAACGUCUCGCGGCGCCUCGCAAACCUACCCUAUGUAUUAUGGAUCGUCGCUUUCAAUAACGCACAGCUCCUCCUCUUCGGCCUGAUUGAAGACUGCGGCCCAUCUUUUUCCUACGAAAAGUCUGAUACGAGAAAAGACAUGGUCCGCCACGCCACAUCCCGUGUGCUCCGCACAUUCAAUACGAAUGGUCUGAUUAUUUUCUUGGUCGCGAACCUCUUGACGGGCCUCGUGAAUUUGACUGUAAAUACGUUGGAUAUGUCGCCGAUAGAUGCGAUGGGGAUUUUGAUGCUGUAUGCGUUGGUGUUGACGGGGCUUGCAUUGGGACUGGAUUAUACUGGUGUAAAGAUCAAGGUUUAA